UUCACAGUCCCAGCACAAACCCAUCGCCUCCACGCCGUGUAACGAUGACAACAACUUUUAUUUUUAAAAGCACACAUUGACUUCCGCUGAGGUGUGGCCUGCGGUUGAGUAGUUUGACGCAGCUGCGAUAAAAACGCGGAGUGUCUCCUUGAAAAAAAAGGAUUCCAAACUUAUCCGCUGGUCGUCGUUCAGCUCGAGGAACUGUCACUCAACAGCUAUCAUGGUUCGCAGUGUGGAAAACCUCGCCGAGUUUAAAGCCAUCCUGGCGGAAGCUGGAGACAAGCUGGUAGUGGUGGACUUCACGGCCACCUGGUGUGGCCCCUGUAAACAGAUUGCCCCAGCAUUUGAAAAAGAGUCAAAAGACUCUGCGAACAAGAAUGUGAUUUUCUUGAAGGUGGACGUGGAUGAGGCUGAGGAUGUGAGCGCACACUGCAAGAUUAACUGCAUGCCUACAUUCAUGUUUUUCAAGAAUGGAGAAAAGGUGGACGAGUUCUCUGGUGCUAAUAUAAAUACACUGAUGGAGAAACUGUCUGCUUUGAGAACAUAAAGUCCCACCGACCAAUCCCCACACACACACACACCCUCAUUGUAUAAACCACAGUAGUAGUAGUACUGUUGUCCUUUGUACAUGCCUGAGAAAUUCUAGUUUCAUGUACAAUACCAACCACGUCUUCUAUUCCACACAAACAAAAUGGGUGACACACUCUAGUCUUGUCAAUUUUGUGUAUGUAUUUACUGUCGCAACCGAAAUUUGAUUAAAACCUGAUGAACACUU